UUGUAACUGCUCAUUUGUUAUUGUUAUUGCUAAUAUCUGUCAAAGUCCAAUUUUCUUAAGUUCAGGGAGAGUAAGGGUAUUUCUCAAAGAAUGAUCAUUUAAAUUACCGGAAGUACCUAUACCGAAUGUGUGUUGCAUUUUGAAAGUUGUUUCACGUUGUAGUAGUUUAAUCAUGUAUAUAGAUGACUCUUGAUUCAGUGGUCGGUCGCUUAAUAAUUUUCUGUAAUAUAUUGUAAAAGUUGCAAACCCCACUGUGUUCUUUGAAAUAAGUUUUAAAUAUGACAUCUGAAAUAGACGAUAAAUUAGGGGGAGAUGUAAUUGGUUUAACUAAUAAGGAAGCAAUAAAAAAAUUACGAUUAGCUAUUGAAGAAGAAGUCUCAAAACUUCAGCAGUCUUCCAGUUCUCCUCGUAUCCCAUACUGGGUAAGAGAUGCAUUUUAUCACCGAAGUUACUAUGCCAUUUUUGCAUGGACUAGUAUUGUGGCAAUGUCAGUGGAAAUUUUUCUACUUUUAAUAUAUCAAAUAUAUGGUGACCAUAAUUUUCGAGUCAAAUCUAUUACAGCAGAGAUUUUUUUCUUGGUGCUCUUUCUUAUUUUUAAUGUUGUGAUUGCUGCAUGGGACAGUCGACUAAGACACACAGAGAUGCAUUUUAAAGUAAAAUCUGCACUUAAAUUACUGGAAGAAAAUGAAAAUUUUGUUGUAAAAAAUGACCAGCAGUACAGCUUGCAUACUCCACAGUCACCUUGCAUUUCUCAACAAUGGACAUAUCGUGAUGGUCAGUUGCUCAACUUGCCUUGCUCACUUCUAGUUGAUGGGGAUGUCAUUCUGAUGCGCCCAGGACAUGUUGCUCCAGGAUAUUGUAUGCUAUACAAUAAGGAUAAAGGUCCACAUGAAUACUUAAAGCGUGAGCAAGUAUUUGCACCUUUGGAUGAAGAUCUGACUGAAAAUAUUACUAGUCCACGUUUGAGGAAGCCUGCUUGUGCCACUAAAUUCAUUAUGAAAGAAACUCCUCUUAUUCGUGGAAUCAGCUUGGCAAUGGAAAAUGCAUUAAAGAAACCUAUCACUGUUAUCAGAAAAGAAUAUCAUGCUGUUGUUUUUUAUUACAUUGAAAGAAUUGCUUUACUUGCAGUGCUACUCAUCAUCUUAUGCAUUGGAAGCAUCCGUGCCGUGUACUUUAAUGUUAAUAAUGAAGAAUGGGCAGAACAUUUACUUCUGCGUCCUGUACUCGUAACUUUGCCUUUGAUUCCUAUAACUUUGCCGAUCUGCUGGAUUUUACUCAAUGCUGUUGGGAAUUCAUAUCUUCUGGCCAUCAUCAAUUGCAAGCAGUGCUUAAAACCUAUUGAUCCUUUCGAUGAAAUGGAAGAACUGCCUCCUACAAUUCUGGAAAAAUAUGUAAAUUGGUCUGACUUAAAAUGUCUUUGCUGCUCUUUAUUGUUGGGGCGUGAUGGUUACCUGUGGAGAUCAGCCAAUCUUUUACAAGUGUUGGGGAGUGUGACUGCAUUGUGCUGUGUGGAUAAAAAGGGAAUAUUGUCAUGGCCUAAUCCAACUCCUGAGAAAGUGUUUUUUCUUAAAUCUCCUAAAAGCAAGUCCAAUUCUGAAACUAGUACUCAUACUUGUGCAGAUUCAGAAGAAACUAAUUUAGAAGUUGGUGACUCUUGUUCCUCUGAAGAAAUACUGGAAAAUAAAAAAUUAACUAAAUUGCACAAAAGGCUUGAUGUCAAAGAUCAUAUUUACCAUCCAGGCAGUCAAGUAGAAGUAUUAGAUCUAACACAUAAUUUACAUAGUCCAUUUGGCAUACAAUUUGAUGACCCAAAUUGGAAAUUUUAUACUGAUAACCUGAAACCCUUGGGCUUAGGUAUUCUGCUUAAUACUUGCAAUCCAAAAGCCCAAGAACACUAUACAAAGUUUUCUGAUCAUAUUGCUUGUGAAUCCUUGUAUAAUGAAUCAGCUGUUCCUGUUGUUAAUAAAAGAUGCCUCUGUGAACUUGCUAAACAAAUUGGAUUUACAGAUUCUGUGGUUGAUUUUUAUGAAUUGGUGCAACAAAUUGGUAUAUUCAGACACGUUCAUCCAGAAAUUGUGCAGAAAGGAAAACUUGCUAGAUCUUUGAACUUUCCUCGUCUGAAAAUGCCUUUUCCAAAUAUGACUUGUGCCAUUCUGAAAGAUCUCCACAGAGGUAGCAACCAGUUGUUUUCUCAAGGCACCGCUGAUUUGAUACUGGAUGCAUGUAAUGAAUAUUGGGAUGGUGGUGAUAUUCGUGUUCUGACCGAAUCAGAUAGAAAACGCAUCUUGGAUUUCUACCAUCGUUCUAGUUUGACUGCUCACUGCAUGGGUUAUGCAUAUAGUCCUCUGAAUAACAACACUUUAACUAAGGACUUCAAUGACAUGUACAUAGAGCUUCCUGCAGAAGGAUACAAUUUAUUUUCCUCUUUAGAAGUUGCUACUUCUUCUCCACGGUCUUGGGAUCCUCCUUGUGUUGAGGGUUGCAGCCAUCCACAUUCUCUGAAUCGUUAUCUUAGCAGUGACUCUCUCAUUUUAUCAGAGCAGGAAAAGAAGGUUGAAGAGUGGAACUGUGGUGCUAACAGCUACUUGCGUCAGUUGGGAAAUGAAAUCUUCAUUGGAAUGGUGACAAUGCAAUAUCAAGCUUGUCCUGAUUUUGUACAACUAAUUGAACAACUUGACAAGGCUUGUAUUCGCUUUGUUCAUUUCUCAAAGGAAAAUGAGUUAAGGAGCAGAGUAUUUUCAGAAAAAAUGGGCCUGGAAUCUGGUUGGAAUUGUCAUAUUUCUCUUUUGAGUGAUGAAACCAGCUCUGAUAAAGAGAGCAAUACAGUUUCUCCUCUGAAAUUCUCACGCCAUUAUAUUUUUCCUGGAACCACCGAAGAUUCAAGCCCAGCUGAAAAUCGAACAGAGGUUCCUCUACGUCAUGCAAGUGCUCCUAGUAUUAUCAAUGUUGAUUCUAAUGCCACAAAAUGUGAAGAAAUUAGCAACCAUCUACAUAGAGGUGAUUCUGUAUCUGUCUGUAAUAUGGUAACAACCAGAACGAUGGAUGAAACGCAUAUAUUAUUUGAAGAUGAAAACCCAAUAAUCAGACAUAAAAAAUCUGUUUCUUCUCUGCAAGAUAUAUUUGGUUUGGAUGAAAGCAAUGUGUCACAUUCCCCUAGUCAUAUUACUGAGAGUACUGAUCAAAGUGCCCCUGUUACUUUUGAUAUGUCCAAUAGAGCAAAACUUCCCAAAGGUACUGAGAAUAUUCGCCCCCACAUUGAACAUGUUGACAAUGUACCUCUUCAGGUAUCCUUGUUUACAGAUUGCACUGCCACAGCUACCAGAGAAAUGAUCUGCAUCAUGCAGGAGUAUGGAGAAGUAGUGUGCUGUUUGGGGAGUUCUGCAAAUUCUCUUAAUAUGCCCAUAUUUCUUCAAGCAGAUGCUAGUAUUGCUAUUGAACCAUUACUACCUCAUCUAUGCAUUCAACAAGCAGUACCUGAUGAUCCUGAGCAGAAGAAUUUGGAAAAUUUAAGUUCUGUGCUUAACAGUCUUCCUUGUGGCAUCUUUUUCCAUCGAGAUGAUCCCAUUAGCCUUUAUCAUCUAAUCAUGGAGGCAAGACAUUACAUGUGCAACAUGCGUAAUGGUUUGGAGUUCCUUCUAUGCUCCUACUUGUGCCUGGCCUUGCUGCAAAUGUUUGCUGUCAUCUUUUUCUUGCCUUUAGCACUUCCUCUUGCACACAUGCUUUGGUUGAUGUGUAUAGAGAUUCCUCUGCUCAGUUUGUCACUUCUUGGUAACCCUCCUGAUCCACGUUCCACAAUGUUAGCCACAGGAAAAAACGUCAAUGUUGUCAAUAGGCAGGCCAUUCUGUUUUUCACUGCUUGCUUUUGUGCCAAAUUCUGUCCAUCAGUGAUUGUUUCUGUGUUCAGUUUUGCUUGUAUCAUGUCCAGUGCCUGCAAAUUAUAUCUUGAAAGUGAUGCACAUAUAUGUUGGGUAUCACUGGAUUUGAGUAAAACAGAAAGGAAAUUCUCCACCGAAUCUUGGUUUGCUGCCCUAACUGUUAGUCAAAAUGUCAUCUCAUUUUUUCUUAUCAUCUAUUUUGUAUUCAUUUCUAUGGGAUUCAUCCACCGUUCACAUCUUUUGUGGAAGAGUAAUCCAUUUGAAAACAAGUAUUGGGUCAUUGCUGCUCUGUCUGUAAUUUGUCUGCAUUUAUUAUUUAAUGUAACAGACAUUGCUCUGCAUGUGGAUUCAAGCUUAAAACCCAUUGCCAUUAUAGAACAUAUACCUUACUACAUUUGGUUGCUGUGUGCGCUGUGGCCAUUCAUACUUCUCCCAAUCAAUGAAUUGGUCAGACAUCAUGAGAUUAAGGUGAAUGUGAGGCAGCAGAAGAGAGCCCGUCUAGAAUUUUGUACUAAGUUGGGAAUGAAUUCACCUUUUUAACAUUUUUGUAGACAUUUGUAAUUGGCGGAUGUCUGCCCAGCUUAGGAAAGUUCUUAAUCUUUGUAUAUUCAAGAAUGUAAAUAUUUGUUAUUUCAUAGUGUUUAUGCAUUUGUAAAAUAUUUUACUGAAUAAAUAUGUGUGUGUUUUCA